AUGUCAACAUAUUGUGACAGAUUGUGGACUAACUUUGUAGGCGCUAAACGAUAUCUUGAGGAAAUGGUUAAAUUAUUGAUAGAUAAAAAACAGGAUUUUUCUGAUCAAUUAAUGUCUCGUGGAAUCUCUUGGAAACUAAAUCCACCAUCAGCACCUCACUUUGGAGGCAUUUUUGAAAGUGGUAUAAAAUGUACUAAAUAUUAUCUCAAGAGGGUCAUAGGCUCACAAGUCCUGACGUUUGAAGAACUAACUACAGUUUUAACUAAAGUUGAAGCGAUGCUGAACUCAAGACCGAUUUGUCAGUUAUCGUCUGAUCCUGGCGAAGUUGAUGUUCUCACGGCCGGUCAUUUUAUUAUAGGAGGUCCUUUAGUCGCUCUACCAGAACCGUCUGUUGAAGAUAUGAAUCCUAGAACACGCUGGCAGUUACUUCAAAAGCUCUCUCAAAGUUAUUGGCGUAUUUGGCAAAAUAAUUAUUUACAUACACUCCAACAAAAAGUUAAGUGGUUUAAGGAUGAUCACGAACAUCCUAAUAUUGGUCAACUCGUUUCAAUCAUUGAACCUAAUCUACCACCUAACGAAUGGCGCCUAGGUCGAGUAGUCCAAAUCUAUCCCGGAAAGGACAAUAUUAUCCGGGCUGUGACCUUAAAGACUAAAAGAGGCUUACUUACAAGACCAGUAGUCAAAGUCUGCCCUCUUCCUCUUGAUUGA